UGGAGAGAGUGAGAGGGAAAGAAAGACAGAACUGUCCAAACACCUUGAUUUUAUUUAUUGGAUCAUUAACUAUCACACCAACCAAAUAUGAAUUCUUUCAGCCCCAUCUGUCUGCUCCUAUGCAUCUCUACACUCACACUUGCAUUUUUCCCAAGAACAAACGCCCAAUCGCCGAGUGAAGAUGAUGUUCCACCUUCCAUCGUGGUUCAGCCUGAACCGGUCAACAUUGACACGCGAGAGGAAUUAUUAAUGAGAUGUGAAGCUUCAGGAAUACCAGAACCAACCUACAAGUGGGAGAAGAAUGGUACUUUCUUUGAUGUGGACCAAGAAGUUCAUGCUCAACUUCAAGGGGGAAACCUCAGGAUUUAUCCUGUGACAAAAGCUGACAAUGGAAUCUACCAGUGUUUUGCUAAUAACCAUCUUGGUACAGCAAUGUCACAGAAAAUAUUGGCUGCAGUGGCAUUCAUGGACCAAUUCAAGAGCACAGCAUCUGAGUCAGUAACAAAGCGUGUGGGAGAAUCACACAAGAUGAACUGUGGAGGUAGCGGUGGUCUUCCUGAUAGCCAUCCUGCUGCAUACGUUUACUGGACCGAUGAUUCAGAGAAACCCACACCGAUCACCUACGACGCGCGGAUUAACCAGGAUCUCAAGGGGAACCUGGUCUUUUCGAACGUACAACCAAGCGAUGAAAAGGGUUACUACUGCCUCGCUAUGAACAAUGCAGUCGGGGCUUCACAGAGGUCUCCGCUGAUCAGUCUUAGAAUAAACACAACCGAUGACAGUCAGAUUCCGAACAUCUCCACCAAGAAAGAAAUAGCCCCCAAAUCUCGGAGGUUCCGUCGUGAGAACACUCUGCUGGGGGCUGUUUCUGAACAUUUUUAUGAUGAAUCACCUUCAUUACACAUUUCAAAGAGAGAUUUGGCUCCAGUAUCUAACCAGGCAGCCGUCUUAGCUACAAAGCCAGCAGCUUCUGAAAUUGCUGUCAGAUCCCAGGAAUUUAGAAUAAAAUGCAUUGCCUAUGGAUACCCAACCCCUGAUAUUACAUGGAUGCUUGGAGAGGAGCAGCUACAGUCCGAAGGACGAGUAAUUAUUGAAGAAUUCGGGCAGGAGCUGGUCAUCUCCAAUGUCGAUAACAGUGAUUCAGGGACGUACACAUGCACUGCAACAAACUCAGGAGGUGUAGAUUCAUUCAGCACAGUGGUUAGCGUGGAAUCUGCUCCUUAUUUCCCAACCCCACCAUCGGAUGAAACGAAGGGACCUGGUGAGUCAGUGCAAAUUGAUUGCCUUGCUCAAGGUGUUCCAUCACCCAAUACUGUGUGGCUUGUUAAUGGACAACCGUAUGAUGAAUAUGCAGCCAACGUUGAUCCAGUUACUAAUACAGACAGUAGAUGGGAAGUGAGGUCCGGUGUAGAUAAACGAGCUACCAUAUCCAUCACCAACCUGCAGACAACGGACAGCAAUGUGUUUCAGUGUAUAGCCACCAACAAGUACAGGGAGGAACUCACAAGUGUUGUGCUAAAUGUAGUUUCCAUCCCAGCAAGGAUACCUAGCUUUACCCCUGUGACUAGAAGACUGAGUGUAUUACAGGAUGGUUCUGCAGAGUUCAUCUGUCAUGUUGAAGGGAGACCUACACCAACCAUAACAUGGACCUUCAAGGGAACGGCGCUGACUGAUGGGGGCAAGUACAACAUUGAUGAUGUGGAGGGACGAUUAGUGAUCAAUGAUGCCGUGGAUGUGGAUGAAGGAGUCUAUGAAUGCACAGCUGAAAAUACUAUUGAUGCUACAGUUCAUUCUGAAACAGAUGAUGCUACGCUUACAGUGCUAGGCCAGACAACUAUUGAUGUACCUCCUAAUGAUCUGACGAUCAAAGAGGGCGCUGUAGCCACUUUCCAGUGUGAGAUGUCGUAUGAUCAGGAACUUGAUAGACCCACUGUGAUUUGGAUGAAGGGUGAUCAGGAACUUGAAGCUGAUCCGGAUGACAAUUCCUUGAGAAUAGAGGAUGCCAUGAUUUCUGAUUCAGGAACAUAUACAUGCGUUGUAAAAACAACUGUUGAUCAGAAUGCUGGCACUGUACAGGAAGUGAAUGCUUCUGCUGAACUCACUGUCAAAGGUCGCCCUGAGCCUCCCCAGCAAUUGGAGCUACGUAUCAAGGAAUCUGAGUUUGCAGUUGAUAUUUUCUGGCAACCGGGCAAUGACAACAAUGCCCCUAUCCAAUACUACAUGAUCCAAUAUGAUACCAAGUGGUCAGAUAUGCGUUGGCAGUCCCAAGCAAAUGAGACAGUCAAUGUACAGGUUAGUCCUCCAUAUCGUAAAGUCCUCCACCUUCAGCCAUUCGUGGACUAUAGAUUCCGUAUCAUCGCUGUGAAUGAGAUAGGUCAGUCCGAACCCAGUAAUGAAAUAGCUCCAGCAGGAGAUCCUCAACCUGCUGCACCGUCCAAAAACCCUACUGGAGUCACAGGAGGUGGAACCAAUCCUCAAUCAAUGGUCAUAAGAUGGCAGGCCAUUCAUCCUUUCUACUACGGUGGUGAUGAUUUUCGCUACGUGAUUGCGUUCAAACCCAGAGGAUCUAACGAACCAUCCACAACCGCUGAUGUCUACCCAGACAACACCAAUGAUAAUCCCACAGGGGUCAUCCAGAACUACAUUGUUGAUGCCAGGAAACCCUAUGAGGAGUUUGAGUUCUCUGUGCAAUCAGUGAACAGUGUUGGAGAAGCACCGGAACCAGUUACAUAUUUCGGCUUCUCCGGCGAAGCUGCACCAAGUGCUGCUCCGUCAGGUGUUCAAGUUGUUGCCAUGUCGGCUCAAGAGGUCAAUAUUACAUGGGAUCCUGUAUCUCAGGAAGAUGCCAAUGGACAACUCGGAGGCUACAAUGUGUAUUACAAUGCAAGAACAGCAUCUGGUCAGAGCAAGCAGAUGUGCCCUCAGUCACCCUGCAUGUUACGUGACCUUCAAGCAGCAACCACCUAUGAGAUCACAGUCAAGGCUUUCACUGGUGCUGGAGAGGGCCCUGCAUCCGAUAUGGUGACCGUUGUUACUGAUUCAGCUCCACCUGGCCCUGUGUAUAAACUAACGGUUGACCCAUUCUCCUACCGUCUGGUCCUCAACUGGCAAGAGCCAAUCUUGACGAAUGGAGGCCUUGAGGGAUACAAAGUUAAAAUUCAAAAAGUGUCUGAAUCAAGUGAGACAUUAGAUGAGGAGGUAGCCUUUGAAUUCAUGCCUGAAGAUGAACUGACACUCAAAUAUAACACUGAUCCUGAAACAAAGUAUCGUGUAGAGGUUAGGGCUUACAACGAGAUGGGCGAAGGAGAGAUUUCACUGAAGGAACCCACUACUUUCCAAGAAGGAAGACCUUCCAAACCACCUGCACCAGAGGUUGAUGGAACAGCACCUGACCAUGCUAACUUUACAUGGGAUAUAACUAAUCUCAAUCCUACUGCAUCUCUUGUUGAAAUCCAAUACAAACUGAAAGGUAAGAUGUUUUAAAAUUCUUCUUCUACUCAAACAAAUAUAAUGAAUUUGAACUGCUCUCAGAGUAAUAACAUAUUGGGGUUGACAAACAGAAGGAUGUGACUCACCUUUUGAUCAAUUGGCAAUUUGUUACUAAAAUAAUAAAGUUUAUAGUUUCUGAAAAUCAUUUAGUUCACCUUCCUCUUGCCUACAGAGAUAAGACCUUAUGUUUGUCUUCCUCAAAAUGGUAUAUUCUGUUUUGUUUAAAAUGAUGAUUCACCCUAAUAUAACUUGAAGUGCAAAUCAAUCAUUAAGAAAAAUUAUUAGAAUCUAUGAAAGAAGUCCAAACAUUGACAGCAUGUUUGAUGAUGAAUGAUGAAAAUAUUUGUUGAUGAUGAUGAUGAAGUGGAGGAUGGUGAUGAUGUUGGUGAAGGUGAUGAUGAUAAAGAUGAUAAUGAUGAUGAAGAAGAAGAUGGUGAGGAUAAUGAAGGUGAUGAAAACGAUGUUGAUGUUGUAAUGUAAGAUGAGUAGGGUGGUGCUAUCGAUGAAGAAUGUGAUGAUGGUGGUGGUGAUGUUGAUGAUAGUGAUGAAGGUGAGGUUGAUAAAAAUGAUGAUGAUCUAGAUGAGGAGGAGCAGCAGCAGCAGGAGGAUCCUGAUAGUGAUGAAUAAAUACUAGUAAAAAAUAGUAAAAUUAGUAUACCUGAGAUACUUAUAACACUAUUUCUCAUUCUACAGAAAUGCUCUUGGAAAUUGGAAAGAUGGAUACAAUGAUGCUAAUGGUGAUGGUGAUAGUGAUAAUUAUGAUAAAGAAAUGGUGAUUAAUCUUCAUAAGCAUUUUAAGGUUAAUGAUAAAUUAAAGGAGAAUGAUGAUAAAGAAAGAUGAUGGGAAUUGAGAUGAUGAAAGAAUGAUAAUUGUAUUGAUAUUGAUAAAGAUGAUAAUUGUAAUUGAUGAUGAUGAUGAUAAUGAUUAGAAAAUUAAUGGUAAUACAUGAAUUAAUGAUAAUCUUAAUUUUAUAUUCAUAGUAAUGAUUAUAAUGAUACUUGUAAACUGUAGAUUUAAGAAAGGUAGCAUAGCCACCUGAGUUCUAAAACGAUAUUCCGGCAGUCCCUUUGUAGUUAUUGCUUUCGUCCUACUUUACAUGAUUAUUAUAAGUACAUGUAUUCCCCUUCUCUAUUCCAUUUCAUUCACCAAGCAAUAUGAAAGCCUUUUGCUAUUGUUGAUCCUGUGAUGCAUUCUAUUAGUAUUUUUAGGACAUUUGCCUUUUUUUUCCAUCUGUGUGUCAAUAAUAUAUUUCAUUAAAAAUGGGCAUAAAAAUCAAGGCCAGAGAAGAAUUAUUUUCAUUUCAAGGAGAGGAAUCACAAGUAUAAUUUCAAUGCAAAAGGCUGCAUAACCUCAGUGUUAGGUGCAGAUCAAGGGCAAAUACAUGGCUGACAAAUGAACGGCUUUGUCCAUCAAUAAAUUAGCAUUUUCUUGCCAUAAACAUUUGCGAUCUGAGUGCUUUUGACAAGAGGCCAUUGCCUUGAAUUCUAGUCCAAGUUAAAUGGGUGCUUACAUGUAUUGUGCAGGGAGCUCAUUAUACCACAAAAAGAUCAUGGAUUUCAGAAUUUUGUUGGAAACACUCCGUAAUGAGGCUUCAUAUUGAUGAUGUAUGAUGCCAUGUUGUUUAUAAUGAGAACAAAUUACCUCGUCCUUUCAUAAUUAAUAUCUCUGUUAUUGAGAUGGGUCAUUUCUCAUAAGAAUGGAAAAUAGACAAAUCUUGCAAUCACAAAUGAGAUGAGCUGUAAAAAUGGCUUAUGCAUAUGGUUAUGUUUUGUGCACAAGGCCUGGUCCAUUAUCGUCACUCAUAUUAAUGACAUUACCGUUGGCUACCUCAAACCCUGAGGACAAAGGGCAGAGGGGGAAAACGCGAUGGGUAUUAGAGGGGCUCUCUCUCUCUCUUACAUUUCCAUCUACCAUGCACAAUAUUUCCAGCAAAUUUGAUAACAUUUAUCAAUCUUUUCAUACCACUUUAUCCUGUAGCUUUGAUGACUCAUAUUGUUGUACUUUUGCCAUUGUUAUUAAUAGCAAGAGCUAUUUUGUGAAGGUUCUUUGGGCCUUCCCCUUUAAUAUAAAAGAAAAGGAGAAGAAUAAUUAUAAUAAUAAGAAGAAGAAGAAGAAGAAGAAGGAGGAGGAGGAGGAGGAGGAAGAGGAGGAGGAGGAAGAGGUAG